CUCGUGAAAUUAAAUAAUGGUUAGAGUUUAGACGUAUGUUUGGUUGGUUGUUUUGCUUGCCAAAUAUUUCUUUCUAAAUAAUUUAAAACCAAGUAGACAAUUAAAUUUUACAUUAAUUAAACCUUUAUAUUACCUGAAUUGUGAAAACUAUUUAUAUCAGUGUGUAAUAUUGACACAAACAUGGUAUCUUAUUUUACGAUUGACGCGAUUGGGGAAGUCACAAAUUUUCAAAAGGAAAUUUCGAAUAUGAUGCACGGUUUUGGUGAUAAUCCUAACCCCAACGCAGCCACAGUCGUAUUGGUGGAAAAUAUUGUCUUGCAACAGCUCAGAUCGAUAUUACAAGAGGCUCUUAACAAUUCUAACAUGCGAGGUGGUAAGGCUAUUACCAACUACGAUAUAAUCUUCUUGAUGAGAAAAAACCCUGUGAAACUUAAACGGUUGCACGAUUAUCAAUUGAAAUUGGAUCAAAUCGAUAAAAAUCGUAAUUCAGUUACGGUUCCAUCUUCUGAAAGCCUAAUAUCCAAUAUUAUUAUGGAGGAUGAAAAAGAUCCAACUAUAAAAAAGAGAAGGACACAUAUUGACCUCAUAAAAGGUUUUGAUGAAUUUUCAGAGGUAAGCCAAAUUAAAUUUGACGUCAUAGAUUAUUUGAGAAAAGUGAGAGCAGCAAAAAUUACAGAGUCUAUGUCAUUUGAAAAGUAUGAGGCUUAUCACAAAGCAAGAUGUAGUUCUUUCCGUUCAAGUUAUGGACUUGGUAAAGGAUUUGUUAAGUUGGAGAGAUGGAUAAAUUCUAGUAAAGAAUUAAAGAUUACCAUGCCAGCUUUAGAAGUGCUCUGUUUCAUAGCUUAUGAAACUGUUGCAGAGUUGGUUGACGCAGUAUUUUUAAUUCGGCAAGAUGCUAAGAAAAAGAAUGGAGAUCCUUUUGUGAAAUUUGAAGGGGGCCAUUUCUGCAACCCUGUCAGUUUAAAUAAUUCUGUGUAUAUUAAAUCAGGUUAUGAGGGAGUUCCAGCAAUAACAGUGCCUGAACUAAGAGAAGUUCUGAGAAGAUAUUUUUCACCCCAGGUGGGAACCAAUGGGCUAUUUUACAGAAAUAUGAGCCAAGAUUUGCCUGUAAGAUACAUUGCUAUAUAAGUAUAAAAUAAAUGA